CUGACUGGAAAUACAACAAAAACCUUAUUUACGGCAUUUACGAUUUCUACAACAAAUGGCAUCUCCGAUUCCCCCUAACAAUUCCACCCCAAAGACUGGUUCAAUACCUACAUUGACAGCCGGCAAAAUACUGCUUUUAGCCAAUAACUCUGCUGCAUUUCGAGGUAAGAAGCGUUCAUCAAGUCCAGCAACCUGCAGCUCACCGCAAACCAGUAACAUCAUCGGCAAAAAGAAAAAAGGACCAUGCACGACAACCCCAACGCUAGCACAGAUGGUCUCACCAGAGACCUUGACAGAAAUCAAGGUAGUCGGAAAGGUAGAAGGUAACGUUAGUCAAACCACUACAGAACUGACGGUCAACACUCCAUCAUUCAAAGCUCCUACAUUCACGCAUUCAGGGAUUGGAGGUGCCGCAGCAGGCAAGAAGAACAGGACCUGGAAGAACCUCAAACAGAUCUUGGUUUUGGAGCGGACUCUACCCUGGACUGUCAAUGAUCCCAACUACUUCUGUAUUGAUGCUCCCCCUUCCUUGAAGCCAGCAAAGAAAUACUCUGACAUCUCUGGACUUCCUGCAAACUACACAGACCCGCAGACCAAACUACGCUUCACUUCUUCAGAGGAGUUCUCUUAUAUUCGCCUGCUCCCCACCGAUGUCGUCACUGGCUAUCUGGCCCUUAGAAAGGCCACUUGCAUUGUGCCCUAACUGCCUAAGAGGGACCAUUUUCAUACGACUGGUUGACAGUCUACAACCAUUGACUUCUAUGUUCCUGCGGGAGGCCCAUGAAGUGCUGCCUGGUAUCAAAAGAGAGUGUCUGGAGCUCAGGCUGGCCAGAAAGAGACAGACCAGGUGUUCUGCGCUACUAAGGUACCAAGGCCACGACUGAUGUCCCAGACUGGACGGGACAAAGCAGGGGCACUCAAAGUGUGGUUUAAAUAUAAAUGUUUCAAUGAUGGGUUGAGGCAUUUUGGAUGUGUCCAUUUCUGCUGAUUAAAACCUCAACGGUCAGUGUUGUUUUUAGAAGACAUGUGAUUGAAAUGACGACAUCUGUCUCAGAAAUGAUUUGGUAAUUCCACGCAGGCAUUAAAUAAACUACUGUAAAUAAACAGGUUUGUAUAUUCAAAUGCUGAUCUCCAGUUUUUAAAGAUUUCAACAGUGGUUAGCACUGCUGCCCCAUAGCCAGGAGGUCUUGGAUUUGAACCCUGGGGUGGGCGGUACAUAUGCCGUGUUCAUGUGGGUAUCCUCCCACAAAACACCUCGAGUUAUACUCCUGCACUGCCCAUUACCAAGACAAUGGCCCAAUCACUGGAGUUUGUUCCCGGGCCCUACCCAGUGGCAGCCCACUGCUCUUAAUUAAUGAGUCCAUGGGGAUUAAUUAAGAGUUAAGUAUCAUAAUUAACAUACCCUUUCUAAGAAGGCUGGAUCUUUAAUUACAGAAUCACGGUAAUAAAAAAUGCAGUACUUUCAUCGCAGUGUAAAAAGUGAAACAUUAAAAUUGCAACAGUACAGUGGCUACUUGAAUGAACAAACUCAAUGCAUUGUUAAAGGCCUUUAUGGAUAAUAACAGAAUCAGGCUUGAAGCACAAUGUUGGGGAACGUAAUUUAAUGGUCGAACUCGAAAAACAUGAAGCUCACAAGCAAAUAGCAAUAUCCGUUGAAUAUUUUGGUUAAUAAAUGUCUUGAAGUUCACUAAUGGUUUUCAAGAGCAGGAGCUGAAUGGUAAUUUUCAGUUUGAAAACUGAACACCUGGUGCAUAAGGCCAGUGUUCUCAACCCUGAGUUACUAUUGCCGCUUUUCCACUGCAUGGUACCAGCUCGACACGACUCGACUCGACUCAGCUCGCAUUUUUUGCGUUUCCACCGCGAUCUAGUACCUCAAGUGGCUGCUUUUUCUAGUACCGCCUCGCUCUAGGUUCCAAGCGGCUGAGCCGAUACUAUAAGGUGACGUCGGCAGACGGCCGGCCACUGAUUGGCCAGAGAGUGUGACGAAGUCACGAGAGCGACAUGGCAACCAUGCCGGUAACAGCCAUAGCAGCGCCGCAGCCAACAUAUUCCACUUCUUCAACUUCUUCAACAUGCCAGCUAAUAAUAGUAAUGUUAUCGAUGUCCUCCAUUGUUGUUACGUGGGUUCUGUCCAUGUGUGGGUUGCGUAGGUGUUGUUUGCGUCGCGUACAAAAAUACGUCACGGCCCUUUCGCGCAGCCGACCCCGCCCACGUCCAGGAGGUACUAUUUGCGGUGGAAAAGGACCCGUGCUGCUACCGUGUCGAGUCGUGUUGUGUCGAGUCGUGUCGAGUCGAGCUACAUGUGCGGUGGAAAAGCGGCAUAUGUACUGUAGCCUUGCCUUUGGGCAAUCUGCCAUUCGGCCUUGAGACCAUCAUGAUCUUGUGACCUCACAUUCGGUUUCGUUACACAGGUUUAUUCUGGAAUCAACCCUGGUCUAGACCUUUAGCCGCCCACAUAGAUUUCCUGAAAUUACAUUGUAAUCGGAGCCAAUCAGGGGCCGUGUCGUAUUUGAUGACGUCAAAUAUGGGCCUUGCGUCUCCCGAAGCAACAAGAGAUUACGUGACAUUGGUAGAGAAAACGCAGUCAUGAGGGCCGUUAUUAUAGAAACAGACUCGAUAACCACUAUAAAAUAUAUAAAAUAAGAACAAGCGUAGGCUACAAAACAUGGACUCAAGGUCAUCGUUCGUGCUUGCUUUUUGCUGGCCCUGUUUUUGGGUUGCUGUUUUUGGCUGUUGUGUUUGAUCUCUUCUGAAGGUGAGCCUUUAUGAAAAUCGAUUGAUUUACCGUUCUCCGCAGUUUUGGUGGUUUAAUAAACAGGAUUCAUGAAUUCGACCUCCGACUUUUGUGUAGAAACAUUACACAACAUUACACAAUUUCAAAUAUGAAAUUGUCAAAUAGCCUUUGACAAUUUCAUGUCAGUGAGUUAGCUGGUUGGCUAGCUACUCUUUAAUUGAAUAACAGCGAAACAAGCGUGAAGAAGGAGGGGAGAGAUGAAUAGGAGGAAUGGCCGUGCAGGUGGUUGGACGACAUGGCCAGGGAAUUCACGAGGGCUUCAUGAGAGGCUAAGGGUCACCUGAGGGAGUUUGCUAUUGGGAAAGAAGCAGACACAGGCAUUACUCUCGUCCGUGUUUCUCCUGCUGCAGGAUGUAUUUCACAGGUCGAGGUUCGAGAGGUGAACAAACAUGGUGGCCCCAGUACCCCAAUCCCAUCCCUAACCUCAUCCCCAACUCCUCCCAGAAGCAGAGGACAACCUAUCCCAGCAGCAGGGAUAGCUGUGGCAGCUGCUGCUGGAGUUACAUCGCAGUUUUGCAAUGAGUGAGGUGGAGGUGGGGAGGACUCAUCUAGUGCAACAUGUAAUUAUCACAGGCAAUACACCACCCAACAAGGGGUUGUCCUCGCUGCCUCCUUAUGGCAUGUGAUCAAGCUGUGUGGAACGCGCAGCAGGCAGACAUCAUCAGGUCCUCCGACA